AUGCGUUACUCUUUCGUUGCAGCUGCCCUUGUUGGGUCAGUUGUGGCCGCGCAGCACAAGGCUCACGCUGGAUUCCACAUGCGCCGCCAUGGUGGAUACGCCGCUGAGGAGUCUUGCGAGAUCAUCACCCACACCGUCACUGUGACCGCAAUGCCCUCCAUGGCUCCCAACAGCACCAUGGCUGUCCCACCUACUGUCCCAGAGACCUCGUGCACUGAGGAGGGAAAGACUUCAAUCGUCGUUCCUACUCCUAACGUCCCGGCUUCGACCGGAGAGGCCCCCAAGCCUUCCAGCCCUGCUCCCGUAGUCCCUGGAACUUCCAUGCCCGCCUACCCCGAGGUACCAAUGUCUUCUGCCCCUGGCUACCCCGCGGUGCCCGAGUCCACCAAGCCAGCGGUCCCCGCUGUCCCAGAGUCGUCCACCACCUGCACUGAGGAGGAGGGAAAGACUUCUUCCAUGGAGGCUCCCAAGCCAACCUACCCUGCCGGUACUCCUGAGGCAUCCAAGCCCUCUGUUCCCGAGGUGUCCAAGCCUGCCGUUCCCGAGGUCCCAGAGGCAUCUAAGCCUGCUGUUCCAGAGUCCACCACCUGCACUGAGGAGGAGGGCAAGCCCACUGGCCCAGCACCCGUCCCGGAGGAGUCCAAGCCUGCUUACCCUACCGUACCUGAGGUUACUCAGCCCGCAUACCCCUCAGUUCCCCAGGAGUCUAAGCCUGCUUACCCUUCCGUCCCUGAAUCCUCCAAGCCUGCCGUUCCGGAGGUUCCCGAGGCUUCCAAGCCUGCCUACACUCCCUCUGCACCUGCCUCUUCCGCCGAGAAGCCCAAGCCAACCCCUAGCUCCACCAAGGAGGUAGAGAAGCCCAAGCCCACUGGCAGCUACAACCAGGGUGACCACAUCAAGACCAACGGCGACAAGUGGGCCAUUACAUACACCCCUUACGCUAACUCUGGUGACUGCAAGACCGCCGAUGAGAUCGCCACCGACAUCAAGAAGAUCUCAGAGCUCGGAUUCACCACUAUCCGCUCCUACAGCACUGACUGCGGUGUCUUCGAGCACGUUGUUCCUGAGUGCCAGAAGUACGGAUUGAAGGUCAUCUACGGUAUCUUCCUUGAGGCUGGUGGCAAGGGUGGCAGGGGUCCUUUCUCCAGCUACGCCAACGACCAGCUCAAGGACAUCACCGACAACGCCCCCAAGGACUCCGUCGCCAUGGUCAUUGUCGGAAACGAAUGUGUCUUCAACGGUAACUGCGACGUUAACGAGCUUGGUUCUUACAUCGACUACGUCCGUGAUCAACUCGUCAGCUCCGGCUACGAGGGCGUUGCUGUCACUACCACUGAGACUGUUGGCUCCUGGGAGGAGCACGGUGCUGCUCUCUGCGACCACAUCGAUGUCUUCACUGUCCAGGUCCACCCUUACUUCACCCAGUCCGUCUCCGCUGAGGAGGCCGGUGACUUCGCUGCCCAACAACUCGAGCAGGCUGCCAAGGUUUGCCCCGAGGCUGCUGCCAAGGGCAAGUACAUCACUGAGAUCGGCUGGCCCAGCGCUGGUCAGUCUAACGGAAAGGCUGUUGCUGGUGUUGAGCAGCAGAAGACUGCUAUGAAGAAGAUCAUGGAGAAGGUCGGAUCCGAGGCUUGCCUGUUCUCUUACCAGAACGACGGCUGGAAGGAGCCUGGCAACCUUGACGUUGAGCAGAACUUCGGCUGCGUUGAUGCUAUCAUCGAUGCUUCCUCAGGUCUCUCCCUGUCCGUUGACAUCUCUUUGUAG